AUGGCACUCAAAAAAAAGGACAAAUUGGUGGAUUGCAUUGAGCUAUUGAAAAAUAUGGUAGCAGCUAACAUGUUGGACAAGCUCCCUUUAUUUGUCAGCUCAAAUAUGUCCAAGAUACCUAAUUUCGAAAAAUGUUUUCAAAUAAAUUUUGAAAUAUUGAAAAACGAAGUUAGAGACAUGUUGAACAAACAACAUGUUAAUAUCUCAGCUUUCAUUGAAAAGUGCAGCGAAGAAUUUGCCGCGCUGAAAGGGAAAACAAACUAUGUAGAGUGCAAUUUAAAAAGUAUAAAAAAUCGUAACGACUGUAGUAAUGAAACUUUGAAAUUGAAUACAGCUGCAAAUAAUGAUUUGAUGCAAAAACCAAUUUUAUGGUCUGAUGCAAUUAAAAUACCAGCUGAGGUAAAUGUGCUGCCACUUACAGAUAAAAUACCAGUUGAGGUAGAUGCAUCACCAUUCACUGUUUUAAACAGACCGAGGAAAAACCAAAACAAAAAUAUUCCUGAAAUGAAGAGUGAUGAAAAUAUCAUUGCAACAACAAAAUCUUUGAAACAAAAAACAUCAAUCAAUAGGAAUGAUAAACAGAGUAAAAUCAUUUUUGCCAAAAAACUGUUUGAAUCUUCUGUAUAA